AUGGAGUUUAUACCGGAAGAGAGUUCUAAUGAUGUUAACUUAAGCACGGGAUGUUCAAAGGAUAAGAGAAGUGUUAUUUUUGAAACUUUGCUAAAACACAGUGUGAAUGGAAAAGUGAAAUAUGGUUCAAUUAAAGAUGUUGCAAAUGUGUACUCUGUUUCUACAAGAACUGUUAGUCGAAUAUGGGAAAAAGGGAUUGCUUGUGUUGCAAACGNCAAAGGAAAACCGGAAGGCCUAAGAAUCAUCAUCCCAACAAACUCUAGAUCAGGUGGAUUCCAGAGGAAAAAAGAAUUAGAGCAUCAUCAUAUGCAUGAAGGUCCUUCAAACCCAGAUCCAAAUCCAUCCUUACUAAACAACAAAGAUACAACCCAGCAAGUAUUGCCUCAAAGAUUGGCUGAUACUGUUCUAACCACCUUAAUUCGCUACCGAGAAUGCCUGAAGAACCAUGCUGCCAACACAGGCGGCCAUGUAGUGGACGGCUGUGGAGAAUUCAUGCCCAGUGGAGAAGAGGGCACCCCAGAAGCCUUGAAAUGUGCAGCUUCCAAUUGUCACCGCAAAGGAAUCAGGCAUGGUAGGAGCACCUUUCAGACACAAAACCCACCAAUGUUGCCCCAGCAACAACAUUACAGGGGGGCCGUGCCACACCCGGUCAGAGUUCUGGCAGAAUCAUCAAGUGAAGAUCUCAAUGCCGGUGAUGGGCAAGGGCUAAUGCAAGUGCCCUCAUCAAAGAAAAGGUUUAGAACAAAGUUCACCCAACAGCAGAAACAACAAAUGCAUGAAUUUGCCGAGAAAAUAGGGUGGAGGAUCCAGAAGCAAUAUGAUCAAGAAGUGUACAAGUUUUGCAGUGAAGUGGGUGUGAAGAGACAAGUGUUCAAGGUCUAG